AUGGAUGAAGCCUAUUUAACGAUUAAUAAUGAAAAUUAUUCAGAUCCAAUUUUGUUUAUGUAUAAUAUGGUAGUAUGUGAACAUUGUGAUUUUGAUCAGUUAGGUGAUGUUGUUUCAAUGAAUUCAAGUCAAACUUUAACGAUUGAUACAAGAUAUCCAUAUGAUUUUCAACUUCGUCCAGAAACAAAGAAUACAACAUUAUUAUGUCAAAUAGAAUCAUACAGAUUUUCUGAACAUGGUUCAUAUUUAUUUGAAGUUAUACAAACAAACAAAAAUAACAUUUCUUGUACAAUAACACAAACAAACAAAUCAAGCUAUUAUUGGCUACCUAUUAUAAUUGCAGUUAUUAUUCUUUCUAUUAUUGUUUUCUUUAUUCAACUAUUUCAUCUAAUUUAUAAUUCUCGUUAUAUUGGUCGUAUUUUAACAAAUAUUGGUCAUCGACGAUUAAUUAAUGAUGAAACUGAUAUUACACCAAGAAUAAGUCCAAUAACAAAUAGACGAGUACCAUUAAUUAUACCUAAUGAAACUCGUAAUGAUGAUGUUCUUGAUACAGAAAAUAUUACUGGUCAAUUAUCAACAAUUGGAACAACUCAAACAUCAACUUAUUCCAAUAAAGCUAAAAAAAUUCCACCAAAACGUCUUCAAUCAUUGGAUACUUUUCGAGGAUUUUCAUUGAUGGUGAUGAUUUUUGUUAAUUAUGGUGGUGGUGGUUAUUGGUUUUUCAAUCAUUCUGUUUGGAAUGGUUUAACUGUUGCUGAUUUAGUUUUUCCAUGGUUUGUUUGGAUGAUGGGUGUAUCCAUUGUUCUAUCUCAACGAUCACUGCUAAAGAAAAAAAUACGAAAACGAAGUAUUUUAGUGAAAAUAUGUCGACGAACUGUAAUACUAUUUUUAUUGGGUUUAAUUUUACAAGGUGGACAUGGAAAACCAGAAGAUGUUCGAAUUCUAGGUGUUCUUCAACGUUUAGCAUUAUGUUAUUUUUUUACUGCAAUACUUGUACUUAUUUUUGAUGCUGUUGAAGAUCAAUUACAUUCAUCACAAUGGCCAAUGAGUGAUAAUGUAUAUCAACCAAUACGAACUGAAUUAUCCAAUACAGUUUUUCAAUUUUGGCCACAAUGGCUUUGUAUUCUUUUUAUUACUCUUUCAUGGAUUUUAAUAACUUUUGUUCCAAAAUUAAGUAAUUGUCCAAGAGGUUAUGUAGGUCCUGGUGGAAAACAUGAACAUGGAAGAUAUACAAAUUGUACUGGAGGCAUUGCUGGAUAUCUUGAUCGAGUUAUAUUAGGACCUUCUCAUAUAUAUAAUUAUCCAACGUGUAAAGAAAUUUUUAAAACUCAAAUACCAUAUGAUCCUGAAGGUCUUUUGGGUAUUCUCACUGGAACACUUCUUUGUUAUCUUGGCGUUCAAGCUGGUCAUAGUUUUGUUUUUUCAACACGUGUUCGUCGUGUUUGUGCACAAUGGAUGGUAUCGAGUCUUAUUUGUGGAUUUUUAGGUUUACUUUUAUCCAAAGGUGGUCAUUCAGACAGUUGGAUACCAAUUAAUAAAAAUCUUUGGUCAUUAAGUUUUAUAUUUAUUUUAGCUAGUCUUGCUUUUAUAAUCUUAACAGUACUUUAUCUACUUGUCGAUGUUCAUAAAUUGUUUACAGGUGAACCAUGGCUUUGGUUAGGUAUGAAUUCCAUUGUUCUUUACGUUGGUCAUGAGAUUUGUUCACAAAGUUUUCCAGUACAAUUUGAAGUUCAAGAAACACAUGCGAAAUUACUUGCUUUGCAUGUUUAUGGUGCCCUAUUUUGGGCUUUGAUUGCUGGUAUAUUGUAUUAUAACAAAAUUUUUAUUGCUAUUUAA